UGAUUACAUUCUCGUGAAACUUGACCUAGUUCAUUUUGUAUGCUCUUUUUGUCCACGGGCAUGCUGGAAAACGUAUAUGGUAUUACUUGCCCGACAUCUACAAAUGAUCUAAACCUUACUUGGCACGGGCGUUGGGCAAUGAUUCCUGACAUGGAAUUGUCUCAAUGUACACAAGCUGUUGCUCAGGGAUUGUCUGAAAUACGUGUUCCCUUGGGACAUAUCCUUGUCAGUGGACGUUGGAGAAACACGGACCUCGUCAGCACACUUCAAGGUAGUGCAGUUAUUCACUUUGAUGAUGGUCUUGGAGUUGUUGAUUUCCACCCAUCCACUCACACUGGAGUCAUCUAUGUUUCUGAGGCUGACAUCGUCAGUGCCAGUGGGUACAAGAGGAAGGUGGCUAAACUGAGGAAGGCCAACAGGGUACGUGGAGUGGUGAUAGCCGAGAAAACAGCCACUAGUGGCCAGUAUUAUCAAGAGCUGCAGAAGUUCGUUAUGCUGGAGAUAGGCUUUGUGCUGCUUCCUGUAAAAAGUCAGAAGGAGGCCGCAGGACUUCUUGCCCAGAUGGUGGAUGUGGAAAGUAAGUCUGAGACCAACCUAUUCUUAAAGAAGCCCAGACCAGUGUGUGUGGACAAGGCUCUGCUCAACAGCCUUCAGUGCUUCCCUCGACUGGGAGAGGUCAAGGCCAGGCAGCUGCUGCUUCACUUCGGGAGUUUACGGGCUCUAGCAAAAGCCUCUUUAGAAGAUUUAUCUUCCAUAGUAGGAAAGGCAAGUGCUUCCAACAUAAGAACAUUUCUUGACGAUUCCUGAACAGAAGAAGACUUAAAAUACUUCGCUAGAAGUGACUGCACUUCAUAAUGUGCCGACUCUGGGGCUUGCUGACAGUUGUGAUGUGUCUUCAGUAUAAUGUUCAAGAUGAUCUGUUGACAAACGAUAUGAAGAUAGUUGGAGUGUCAUGGAUUGUCAUGGUACAUCUCGAGUCAUGGAUCUAUGAUGUCACAUCUGAUGCGUUCAUGAGCGUCAGACCCAUGAAGAUCCGGGGUAGAAUAGGUCUUCAGCAACACAUGCUUGCCGUAAAAAGUGACUAUGCUUGU